AUGAAGCUGAGUGUAGUGACUUUGGUUGGUGUCCUGUGCCUGGCGCUGCAGGUCAGCCGCGCAGCGCCGGUGGCGGAAGCAUCCGGUGAUGCCGUCGCAACGCUGCCGGAACUUACACGGCCAGCGGAGAACCUGAAGACGGUGGCCGAGACUGACGGCAGCAAACCGGAGGAAGGCCAGGCCAACGUGGCCCCGGCUUCGCUUUCGUCGGAUGCGGCGGAGCAGGCGGAGGAUCUUAGUGAGCGGGUUGAGAGUGGCGUCAGUAACUUCGUGCAGGAGGACAGCGUCGCCGAUGCCUCGGAAGGUAGCGAACUUACGUCGAACGUUCGCGUCAAGCGCUCCGUGGCAUGCACCGAACUCGUAGGCGAAGAUGGCGUCAAGAAGACGGUGUGCGAGCAGGACCAGGACGCCGAGAGCAGCGACGCCAGCGCCAGCGAGGUGGCCUUCGAGCAGUCUCCGAGCCUUCGAUCGUACGGUGGACAUGAAUCGAAGGGUUAUGGUCACGGUGGACACGGAGGACACGGAUACGGUGGACACGAAAUGAAAGGAUACGGUGGACAUGAAUCGAAGGGCUAUGGUCACGGACACGAAUCGAAGGGUUAUGGUCACGGGCACGAAUCAAAGGGUUAUGGACACGGUGGACACGGGGGACACGGAUACGGUCAUGGUGGACACGGAUACGGCGGACAUGAAUCGAAAGGAUACGGNNNNUACGGCGGACAUGAAUCGAAAGGAUACGGACAUGGUGGCCACGGAGGGCAUGAAUCGAAAGGAUACGGACAUGGCGGACAUGGUGGACACGGAUACGGCGGACAUGAAUCGAAGGGUUAUGGUCAUGGGCACGAAUCGAAGGGUUACGGACACGGUGGACACGGAGGACACGGAUACGGUGGACAUGAAUCGAAGGGUUAUGGUCACGGGCACGAAUCGAAGGGUUAUGGACACGGUGGACACGGAGGACACGGAUACGGUGGACAUGAAUCGAAGGGUUAUGGUCACGGGCACGAAUCGAAGGGUUAUGGGCACGGUGAACACGGGGGACACGGAUACGGUCAUGGUGGCCACGGAGGACAUGAAUCGAAAGGAUACGGACAUGGCGGACAUGGUGGACACGGAUACGGCGGACAUGAAUCAAAAGGAUACGGACAUGGUGGCCACGGAGGGCAUGAAUCGAAAGGAUACGGACAUGGCGGACACGGAGGACACGGAUACGGUGGACACGAAAUGAAAGGAUACGGUGGACAUGAAUCGAAGGGUUAUGGUCACGGACACGAAUCGAAGGGUUAUGGUCACGGGCACGAAUCGAAGGGUUACGGUCACGAAUCCCACGGACACGGACACGGACACGGCCACGAUGGCGGUUACGGGCACAAGAAGGUGUACCGUUCGGUCAGCUACGACCAUCCUGCGCCAGUCGCCCACGGCGACUACGGCGGCCAUGCCGAGCCAGCGCAGUGCGGCGCCAACUUGCUGUUCGGAUGCUCCCCAACAGUGACGAAGGUUCCUUGCCAACCAGUGCACCACGAAGGAUACGGACACGGCGGCUACGGAGAGGCCUCGGAACUGUCGUACCGCUUCGCCGCCCCAGAGCCCGUCCAGCAGGACGAGUAG